AUGUCAAAAGUCCUGACUAAUCUCAUCCAUGGAAGCUCCGGCGGACAGAGCGAGAAGGAGCAGCAGCAGCAGCAGCAGCAGCCACAAACAGACAUCAAGAUCCCUACCACGCAGAAUGCCGCGGUCAGAGACGGCCACAUCGCGCCCAUGAAGGAGAUCGCGGUGCCGGAGCUCAAGCCGGGCCAGAUCCUCGUCAAGAUCAACUGGACGGGCCUCUGCCACUCGGACAUCAGCUUCCUGCGCGACUACUGGCCGGAGUUCGGGAGCGAGACGCUCGUCCGGGACCGCGCCAACGGCGUGUGCGGACACGAGGGCGCCGGCUCCGUCGUCGCCGUCGCCCCGGAUGUCGCGGCCGCGGAGCUGUGGCGCGUCGGCGAGCGCGCGGGCAUCAAGUGGUGCGCCAGCGUGUGCGGCCGCUGCGAGUUUUGCACAAACGGCGUCGACGAGCUGCACUGCCCGGCGCAGCUCAACUCCGGCUUGACGACCCCCGGGACCUUCCAGCGCUAUGUCGCUACCGACGCGCGGUACGCGACGAGGCUCCCGGAUGCCGUCACUGAUGAAGAGGCCGGGCCACUCAUGUGCGGAGGUGUGACGUCGUAUGUGGCGUGCAAGCGAAGUGGGGUCCGUCCGGGGCAGUGGAUUGUGCAGUUUGGGGCAGGCGGUGGGUUGGGCCAUCUUGGCGUGCAGUACGCCAGAGUCAUGGGUAUGCGGACCAUUGCAGUCGAUGUGGGUCCGGAGAAGGAGGAGCUAUGCAAGAAGUUGGGCGCAGAGGCUUACAUCGACGCGUUGAAAUGUGAGGACCUGGCGGCCGAGGUCAUGAAGAUUACGACAUAUGGAGCUCAUGGUGCGAUUGUGUUCGCGCCUAACAAGCAGAGCUAUGGUGUUGCUCCAUACUUGCUGCGACCGGGUGGGACGAUGGUGGCUGUAGGCUUCCCAAAGGACGGAACGAUUAUUGCUGGCGCUCCGCCCCAAAUCCUUGCAAUGAAAAGGCUGAAUAUUGUGGGAAGUGUGACUGGAACGCUGAAAGAUGUCGACGAGAUGCUCGACUUCACAGCAAGGGGACUUGUGCACCCAAUCUUGACGAAGGGAAAGCUCAGCGAGCUUGACAAAUACAUCGACCUCGUCGUUGCGGGGAAAGUGCAGGGCAGGACGGUUCUCAAGGUGGAAGAUUAG